UUCCUUCUCUCCCUCCCUCUUUCUCUCUCUCUCCCUCUCUCUCCCUCUCUUUUGCUUGUCUUUUACUCUCCCUGCUAAUCAGCAUUUGAAAGGCAGCUUUGACAGAGAAAGAAAGUGAGGGGCUGCGGGAGGAGGGGGUAAACGAAAGCAAGAGACAGUGAGUGAGAGAGAGAGAGAGAGAGAGAGAGAGAGGAAAAGCGAGGGAGAGAGAGACCGAAGCAAGAGCUGUACAACCAUGCCUUUUAUAUUUACUAGCGACUGAGGGGAAGAGAGAGCGAGAGAGGGUGAAGAGAGAGACAACCGGUGUGCGCAGCUUUCCCAAGAGGAAAUGAAAAGAAAGAAGCUCAGCGAAGAGAGAGAGGGAGAGAAGGAGUGAGAGCGAGAGAGAGAGAGAGGAGGAGUGAGAGCGAGAGGGAGCAUGCCGGCGAGAGAGCGAGGGAGAGAGAAUCUCACGCUGGCUGUCUCCUAAUCCUAGUCCAUCUCUAAGAAGUGGCGGAGGGAGCAGAGUGUUAGUGAAGUGAUCCAGAGCUAGCAUAGCGUCUCUUCUCCACCAGCUAGCACCACUUGCGUGCUCACACACACACUCUCUCACACACACACACACACUUGCAACGGGAUUCCGCGGUGGGUCCGCCUGCCUGCCUGCCUGCCUGCGUGUCCAGGUCUAUUGUGAGCGUGAGGGGAUUGUUGUGCCUCCAGUCGGUCCAGCCAGCCAGCCAGCACAGCCCCAGUGCGUUUGGGAGCAGGUGUCCCCAGCUGGGUCGUUUUGGGGGGCACAGGAGUCUAAAGAAGAGGAGGAGGAAGGAAAGAGGAGGAAGAGGAGAGAGUAAGUGCACUCAACGCUGGAAAGGAGUCAACACUGGAAAUGCCCAUCAGGUUAGGCCAUCCUGGAACAGCUUCUGGGGGUCUGAGCCUGUCACAGCCUCGGCCAAUCGCAGCCUGCGUUAGAGGUGGCGGCUGCGUGUGAUUGGAGGAUGGCGACCAUGCCGUUCAUCAGCGAGGGAAAGUGCGUGAGCGUGGAGUGGGACUUCCUACAGGGACUACUGGCCAAACCCCCCACCCUGCCUUGUUUGCAGAACCUGCGGAAGGAGAAGUCUCGUAAUGCCGCUCGUUCCCGUCGCGGCAAGGAGAACUUUGAGUUCUUUGAGCUGGCCAAGAUGCUGCCUCUCCCCGGGGCCAUCACCAGCCAGCUGGACAAGGCCUCGGUCAUCCGUCUCACCAUCAGCUACUUGCACAUGUGCACCUUCGCCAGCCAGGGAGACCCGCCCUGGUGCCCCCUGCUGGAGGGAGAGAACCACUGCAGCAAAGUGCGACGCUCCUGCCACUCUCUGGCCACUGACAUGUUCGAACAGCACCUGGGAGCACACCUGUUACAGGUGGAGUUGACGGGCAGCAGUGUGUUUGACUACAUCCACCCAGCGGACCAUGUGGAGAUGGCAGAGCGUCUGGGCAUCAGGCCCCACCUGAGGGCCGAGGCUGGCUGCCACGUGGCCCCCGAGAGCGCUUCCAGCUCUGCCUCCACAUCCUCCCUGGCAGGGACCCCUGAGCCUGCCCCCUCAAGCCCCCUCUCUCCUGGGAACGAACCUCCUGACCGAGGCUUCUUCAUCCGUAUGAAGUCCACCCUCACCAAGAGAGGCCUCCACGUCAAGUCCUCCGGCUACAAGGUGAUCCAUGUGACCGGGCGAAUCCGCUGUCGCCCUGCCAUGGUGCCAGGCUCKGCCCGCUCGGUGCGUCGGCCAAUGGGCUUGGUGGCCCUUGCGCACACGCUCCCGCCCUCCACGCUGAACGAGGUGCGCAUGGAGAGCCAGAUGUUUGUCUUCCGGGUCAACAUGGAUUUGCAGGUCACCUACUGCGAGAACAGGAUCUCAGAGUACAUGGACCUGAGCCCGGCAGAGGUGGUGGGACACACCUGCUACCACUUCAUCCAUGUAGAAGACCUGGAUAACAUCAGACAGAGCCAUGAGGACUUGUUGAGGAAGGGUCAGGUGGUGACCGGGUACUACCGCUGGCUCCAGAGGAGAGGGGGUUAUCUGUGGGUCCAGUCCUGUGCCACCGUCUCCAUCAACCACAAAGCCCCCCACGAACGCAACGUCAUCUGGGUCAACUACGUCAUCAGUCGGACAGAGCUCCCAGACACUCCCCUGGAUCUGCUGCAGCUCCCAGAGAGUCUGAGGGUGGAGCGUCUGAAAGCCAGCUCCUCCCCUUCGGAACACUCACCACAAACCCAGGGCCCACAGCCAAUGAAAAGCUCUGUGUGUAAAGGUGACCCUGACUCUAAACUGAGAGAGAUCUAUAAUCCCGGUGUCCAAUCAGGGGACAGGAGGAAGCGUCCGCUGCGGUCUGACUCUGAGGGUGCUCCCGCGGAAACGCGGCGUCGCCUGGAAGAGUUCCGCCAGAGAGAGCGGAGUGUGUCCGCCUCCUCAGACCUGGGCAGCGAGAGCGGGGGAGAGGAGAGAGAGUGGGAGCAUGGGGGAGACAGCGCGAGGGUCAAACGAGAGGAGGGGCCUUCGAAACGAGGCGAGGAGACCCCCAUGAGGGGCGGCGGGGCGCACAACGGCCGUGCGGUAAUCCAGCACCUGAAGAGUGUAGUGUCCUCGCCUCUCUCUGGCCACCCCAACAUCAAGACUGAACAUGAGGCACUGGCCGCAGGGGGUCGCUGGACACACACCCACACCUCCUCACACAUACAACCUCCCCCCUCACACACACACACACCCUGCGGCAGCCUGAACGGCGACAGUCCCCUCACCCCCAUCCCGGACUCCUCCUCCAGCAGUGAAGCCCCACCCAAUGGUAUUUUCACCCCGCCCUCCCCCGCCAUGUCCCCUCCGAUGUCCGGCUCCUCCCCUCUACCCUGUGAGGAGCGGGGAAUGUUGUCUGGAGGCCGAGGGUGCGGGCCUGACUUUGAGCUGUUGCAUAGACUGGCAGCGGGGGGUGCUGCAGGACGGGUGCUGUUUCACCCCCUGGCCCUCGGCCCCCAGGGGCCACAGAGCCUGUACGCCCCCAGUACCAUCCGCUAUGCGCCCCCAGAGCUGCCCCACUCCCACCCCGGUGCUGAGGGGCUGCGCUCCGACCACCACAAGGGCCCCCCAGCCUUUUUCCCUCACCUCCAGAGGCUGGCUGGCCUGCCCUCCUUCAGUGGGUUCUCUGCCUCGGACAAUCCCUUCAACCCCUUCUGUAUGAACGGACUGAGGGGGGCCGCAGGGUCCGAGGAGGACUGAAAGAGAGGUGGGGCUAGAGAGAGACAUGGGGGCAGGACAUUGGGACAUAUGCGGUUGUGAAACUGAACAAAGGACCAUUUGCACAGCUUCCGUGGGGAGUCGGAUGGUGUCCGACACAGGUGACAGGAUGGGUGACACUCAAAGUGGACUUUGACACUUGACUUUACCCCACUAGUUGUCCAAGCUUUGUCUCCCUCUCUGCUCUACCAUAUCCUCUCUCCGCUGCUGUUAAAUGACUGUGCAGAGUUCCAUGUCUAAAGCCAUAUUGUACAUAGAGACAGGACCAUACACACCUUCACUACUCCUUCCUCAGUAUUAUAACAACUGUUCCUGAGCCUGUCAGACUGACUUCUGUGUGAAUGGAAAAAAAGAGAAAAAGAAAAUGGAUGACAUUUUUUUUCUUCAUUUUUGCGUGAAAUACUGAAUCAUCUCUUAAACGGAGUUAGAAAUUAUACUCUGACACAGAGGUGGAAAUAUAGAGGUCUGAGCCAAUCUCACGGACGCCCAAAAUAAUAUUUGAACACAUCUCGGGUUAUCCUUCCUCCCACAAUGUGAACCCCACUGAAGAGGGUUAAAAACUGAAGAGGGUUAAAAACUGAAGAGGGUUAAAAACUGAAGAGGGUUAAAAACUGAAGAGGGUUAAAAACAGUGAAAGCACAGAGAGUGAGGGGAGUCUCAGAUACAUUCCAUUCCACUCUGAGGCUGUUCUGUCACGAUGUCGUCUGGGAAAGAAAGGCAUGGGAGGGGGACGUACAAUACCUCUACUGGCUGGUCACUUUGUAAUGUUUUCAGUCUUGUAAAAACUAAAAACGAUCCUACAGAAUGAAGUGUUGUGAAAGUGAAAGACGCUGGGCUGUGCUGGGUUUGAGAUGAAAGCCAUAGUCCUAUUAUAUUGUCAUGUUGUUGCCAUACGGUGGAGUGGGAGAGGUGUAAAAACUAUUGUCUUAUACUAGAGAACAUACUUUGGGAAAUGCCACAGUUUAAUUCAGAAGCCCUCUACAAAUGUAUUCAUAAUAAAGGGUUUGGGGAGGGGGAUAUUUUUUUGAAUUAUUCACAUUUGUCCGAGCACUUACUGAAAUUUGUUAUGAACACAUAGCACUUUUGAAUGUCCUUGUGUGCGUUAAGGGUUAAAUAACAGAGUAGUCAUGAUGAAUACCACAAACGGACCACAAAAUGUAGGGUCAUUAAAGAAAGACCACGGGAGUUUAAAACGCGGUCAUUAAACGUGUUGUCAUUCAAAUAUGACCAUGGGGAUUUAGUACAGUUGUGGUCAAUAAAAUAAGAACUGUAGCUUUUUGUUCUCAAAGUGGUUGUCCGGAAACAUCCAUAUUAGGUCAUUAGAGGUGGGGUGGAAAACAUAUAUUAAAUCAUAUCAAAGAUAUCCAUUUUUAUACUCAUCUCCAGAAAUCCCAUCCCAAAUAUUAUGAGGUCAUAAGAGAAAGAUCAUCAUCGCAAACUGAAAUUCUAGAGAUUAAAAUGUCCCAAUCUUAAAUCACUGUCCUGGUUAUAGAUUGAAGAAUUACUGAUGGACGGGGUCGGAUGUCAGCUGUAUAGGACCAUGUCUGUCAUACGAGGGGAUGUCUGUCCGUCUGUAUGUCUGUCCGUCUGUGCGUCGGUUGUAAUUCCACUGGCUCUACAACAAUAAGACCAGAUUAGUUUUUUUAAACGUACCUGCUUCAUCAGUGACUCUAACCCCUUUCUGUUCAAAUAUUUCUGAAUAUACCAUCCCUUUCUGAUCUUCAAAUUAAAACGAACCAAUGUAUAAAUACUAUGAUACUGAUGACGAUAAUAAAAUAUUCCAUAAGAGGAGUACAAGAAAGUU